AUGGAUGAUAUCGUAUGGAUUCGCGAGGACGACUCGAUACCAGCAUCUGAUCAACCUCCAACCGCUGAUGCUCCCUCUACAACUGCUCCAAAACCUGACGAAGAAGAACCUGAGACUUUCAUAGAAAUCCCAGUGGUUUUUCAACCAAAAUCUACCGAAGUUCGAUAUUAUCCUACUGAAGAAUCGAAGAACGAGGAACCGGCGAAUGACACGCAGUCUGGUCAGAAGAACGGCGGAGGAAAUGCUAUAGUAAUCAGUCUACUGUUCAGAGGUCAAGAUAAUGGUAAUGGCGCAUCUCGGAAGGAGCCGUCCGAGCCACUCCCAACAACAGAGCAGAAGGUGGAUUCUCAUACAGACAAGGAACCUCGUAAAGACGAACCGGAAACGCCCAAGACCGCCCAACCUGCCACAAACGAGGAGACUAACAAACCUGGUCAAGCAUCUGCCGCAGCAGAACCAGCCGUGAUAAGUCUAGUCUAUAAGGAUCCCGCCAAAAAAGAGGAGACUAACAAACCUAGUGAACCACCUACCGCAGCAGAACCAGCCGUGAUAAGUCUAGUCUAUAAGGAUCCCGCCACAAAAGAGGACACUAACAAACCUAGUCAACCACCUACCGCAGCAGAACCAGCCGUGAUAAGUCUAGUCUAUAAGGAUCCUUCCAAGAAAGUCGAACCUCCAAAAGAGCAGCCACCGCAGGAAGAUGCUCCCGUGAAAGUUGAAGUGUUUAACCCUCCAAAUCAAGGAGAUGUUCCCGUCAGCGUUGAGGUGUUCAACCCUCCACAUCAGUCCAAUGAGAAGGUUAAUGACAGUGUCGCCACGAAGGCUGAUGAAGAACCAGUUAUUAUUGACCAUAACACUCCGGAAAUUCUGGAGGAAGCUGCACAGAAACUCCAACAGCUCCAGAAAGAAGAAUCAAAGCCAACAGAAGCGGUAGCUGUGAACGAAGUCCCGGUGGUGACUGUGAGCGCGCCCAAGAUUGACAAUGAACAACAACAGCAACAAAAGCCGGAGGAACCCGCAGCGAAAACUACCGAGGCGAAUGAAAUUCUGCCCAAGCCAGAUGACAAGCCUCAGGGACCGAUCCUUCCGAAGCCAGAAGAGAAGCCUCUACAGCUGGCUACCGAGACAAAUGAAAUUGCGCCGAAGCCGGACGAGAAGCCUCAGGAACCGAUCCCGCCAAAGGCGGAGGAAAAGCAUCAGGAACCAACUUGUGCCCAAGACGGAAAACAAGCCUGA